UCUCAUCAGUUAACAGGAAACAUGACUGAAGCUGGACCACUGCAAGUGUUGAGGAUGGCGUUUGAUAAAAAUACAGACUGGGACAAGGACGAAUUCCUAGAUUCAGUUUACUGGAUUCGACAGAUAGUUGCAGUAGUGUUUGGUAUACUGUGGGGCGUUAUCAAAUUCAAGGGACUUCUUGGAAUAUUAGUGUACAUCAUAAUAAAUCUGGGGAUAAUAUUUUUGUAUUACACGUCGUAUCAUGAAGUGGACGAAGAGGAAUACGGCGGGCACGGUGAACUGGCCAAAGAAGGACUUCUAACUUCAUUUUCACUAUUUUUGGUGUUUUGGAUAAUAUUGUAUACCCUGUACAUGCAACCAUUGGUAUCGUUAUCAACUUGAUGGGACGCACUGCUCCCUUUGAAGGCGAU